AAGUAAAAAAAAAAAAAAAAAGAUCUUUCUGGGAAACUCUAGAAGUAGAGCGCUUUUUAGUAGCGGCUUGGCAUGUUUCUCUCUCGUCUUCCACUCGAACGCUCUGGCAUCUUCUACACAUUCUGUUCUCUACAGCUUGCUUUGCUUAGCUUCUGCUCUCUCUUCAUUUGCACUCUCAGAUUACUCUACUUCACAGUUUUUACUCUUUUGAUUUGGAGGAAAACGCCUCGGAGGUGGAUGGCUGAACCAGCAUAUACUGUGGCAUCUGAUAGUGAACCAGCAGGGGAAGAGAAAUCUUCCUCUGCUUUUCCAGAAAUUGCAAUUGGAAUUGAUAUAGGUACUUCACAAUGCAGUGUCGCAAUCUGGAAUGGUUCCCAAGUUGAGCUUCUUAAAAAUACUAAAAACCAAAAAAUGAUGCGAUCUUAUGUCACCUUCAAGGAUGAAGUCCCUUCAGGUGGAGUUAGCAAUCAGCUUUCCCAUGAGAAUGAAAUGUUAUCUGGAGCGGCAAUCUUCAACAUGAAACGCCUAAUUGGCAGAGUUGACACUGAUCCAGUUGUACGUGCAAGCAAAAGCCUUCCUUUUCUGGUUCAAACUUUGGACAUUGGAGUUCGCCCAUUUGUUGCUGCCUUAGUGAACAAUGUCUGGAGAUCCACCACUCCUGAAGAAGUUCUUGCAAUAUAUUUAGUGGAAUUAAGAGCUAUGGCUGAGAUUCGGUUGAAGCGGCCUGUACGAAAUGCAGUUCUAAGCAUUCCAGUUUCCUUCAGUCGUUUUCAACUGAGCCGAAUUGAACGAGCCUGUGCUAUGGCUGGCCUCUAUGUUCUCAGAUUAAUGCCUGAACCAACUGCUGUUGCGUUGUUGUAUGCACAGCAGCAGCAACAGACUGUGCAUGAGAAUAUGGGCAGUGGAAGUGAGAAGAUUGCCCUCAUUUUCAACAUGGGUGCUGGAUACUGUGAUGUAGCUGUGUCUGCUACAGCUGGAGGAGUUUCACAGAUAAAAGCCUUAGCAGGAAGUCCUGUCGGAGGAGAAGACAUACUACAGAACAUGAUGCAUUAUCUCUUGCCAAAUUCAGAGCCUCUUUUCUCAACCCAUGGUAUUAAUGAGAUCAAAUCUAUGGGGUUGCUUCGUGUUGCAACUCAGGAUGCAAUCCAUAGACUAUCAUUCCAGAGCAGUGUUCAAAUCAAUGUUGACUUGGGAAAUGGAUUAAAAAUAUGCAAGGUGGUGGAUCAGGAGGAGUUCGAAGAAGUGAACAGAAACAUAUUUGAGAAAUGUGAGAACCAUAUUGUUCAGUGCUUGCAUGAUGCAAAGGUGGAGGUAGAGGAUCUGAACGAUGUAAUUCUUGUUGGUGGUUGUUCUUAUAUCCCAAAAAUAAGGAAUCUUGUCAAGAGCAUCUGCAAAAAAGAGGAUGUAUACACAGAUGUGAACCCACUAGAAGCAGUAGUUUGUGGGGCAGCUCUGGAAGGGGCUGUUGCUUCAGGAAUUAGUGAUCCCUUUGGGAACUUGGACCUGUUAACCAUACAAGCUACACCUCUGGCCAUUGGUAUUCGAGCCGAUGGAAACAACUUUGUACCCAUCAUACCCCGAAACACUGCCAUGCCAUCUCGGAGAGAUGUGGUCUUCACAACUGUCUGUGAUAACCAAACUGAGGCACUGAUUAUUGUCUAUGAAGGUGAAGGGAAGAAGGUGGAGGAGAAUCACCUGCUAGGUUAUUUCAAGAUCACAGGAAUUCCUCCAUCCCCUAAAGGAGUACCAGAAAUAAAUGUGUGCAUGGACAUUGAUGCCUCGAGUGUGCUUAGAGUUUUGGCUGGAGUCAUAUUGCCCGGUGCUCAACAUCCGGUAAUUCCAGUUAUGGAAGUCAGAAUGCCAACAAUUGAUGACGGACAUAGUUGGUGUGCCGCAGCUCUACAAAGGAUUUAUGGAUCUAAUCUGGAUCUUGAAACAGUGCAGAAGAAAAUGUAAUAGUUUCAUAUAUAUGCCAAGAGUCUCUUUUAAUCUUUCUGAAUCUGAGUACUUUGUGCAAUGAAAUAAUACAGUUAAGUGGCUGGUUUGAUGCUUUGUUCUUACGUAAAA